GAGAGCUGCCUAGAGCUGAACUCCUGCUAGUCGCCUCUGUCUGUGUACCAGCCCCCUAUUACUCUGCAGGCUUGUGAAGGAAGGAGGAAGUUAACCUCGGACUGCGCAGUUUUCCACUGCUGGCUGUCUUCUGUCCUGCCAGACUGUCCAUCAAUCACUGUGGAAAGAGCACCAACAACAGAAGACAAGGAAAGGAGAAGGAAUUUACCUGACUUUGGUAGAGAUUCACCACAAGAGAACUACAGGAGCCUGACAGAGUCUGAAGACCACUACUUCCCACAAUUAUAGACGCUGGCCCUAAGAUUCUUCUUCAGUCAGGUGGAAAAAGGCCCUCCCUUGUCCUGUCACAAGACUGGCACAGACUUGAACAUGGGCCGGGCUCGGGAAGUGGGUUGGAUGGCAGCAGGACUGAUGAUCGGAGCUGGUGCCUGCUACUGUGUUUACAAGCUAACCAUAGGAAGAGAUGACAGUGACAAGUGGGAGGAGGAGGAAGAAGAAUGGGAAAAUGACCAAGAGCUGGAUAAGGAGGAGCCCGAGAUGUGGUUUGAUUUCACAACUAUGGCUAGGCCCUGGAAUGUGGAUGGGGAUUGGACUGCACCUGGGGCCCCUGGUGGAACCGAGGACAGACCUUCAGGUGGGGGCAAGGCAAACCGAACACACCCAAUAAGACAGCGUCCAUCCCCAUAUGAACAUAAAAAUACUUGGAGUGCUAAAAGCUUUAAAAUUUUCAGUUGUGCUCUUGAUCUCUCCAAGUGUCUUUUCAUUCAGGGAAAGAUGUUUUUUGCUCAGCCCAAGGAUGCUGGUUUUUCAUUUAGCUACAAUAUCAAUAGUCAUUUGGUCAGCAUCUCCAUUGUUGGAAACACAAUUCCCACUCCCAACUCCACUGUUAAAGAGGCUUUAUGUGUCCUGGAUAAUGUAGAUGUCAGUGUGGAAAAUCAGUGUCAGAUUAAGAUGUUCAUCAAUGAAUUGUGUCAGGAAACUGCACCACAUUGCUGCAACUCAUUUCUGCAGCAGGCUGGAUUAAAUUUGUUAAUAAGCAUGACAAUUAUUAAUAAUGUGCUUGCCAAAUCCAUUUCAGACCUGAGGUUUCCCUUGGUAUCAGAGGUAAGUGGAUGCACUGAGGUUCAGGUUUUGAAACCUUUGAUGGGUUUGUGUGAAAGGCCAGUCUUGGCAGAAAAAUUGCUGGGUCCCCAAAUGCUACUCUCAUUCAUGCCCCGCUUUAUCAGGAAUGGAAAGAGACAGGUUCUCCUGGACACCCUGUUCUCUUAAAUGGCCACCUUGAACAGAAUGGGAUUGAAUUUACCCAAAACACAUUUCAUGAACACACUCUUGUGUUCUCAUUCAAAGACUCUGCAGUGGGUGCUAUAGAAGAUCCAGCCUUAGCCAAUUACCAUAUCAUGGUGUGAAAGUUAGGCUUGCUAAACAAGGACCACACUUUUAUUGGCCAGGCAGGAGUUCCCACAGAGCUUUGGGUAACUUCUUGAUUUUGCAGUCUGCAGACAAUGUACAUUGGAAAUUACUUCCUCACUUCUUCCUGCGGUAAAGGGCUCCUUUUGGUUGACAGCUGUGGAUAAAGCAUCAUGAAGGAUGCUUGCAUGUGGUGGUCUCCCUGUCUAAACUGGACUGUUUUGUGCUGAAGAUGCAAAGGUUGAAUUCUUUUUCAUUGACUCUUUCUUCUAUGCCAGCUAAUGGAUGGUGACCCUAUUCACCAGAAAACAACACACUCUUUCUAUGUGCUGUACUAACUUAACCUCAUCUUCCCAAGUCUACAUUUAUGUUUUAUCAAUAAACUUGUGUGCUUUGACUGGCAAAAAA